CGUGCCGUGCGGAGUCGAGCCGAGCCGUGCCGUGCCGUGCCGUAUGGAGGAGCAGCUGCUCCGCGCUCUGGGGGGCUCAGCCUGCAGCCCCCGCCCCGCCGCUCCCCGCGGCGCUUCGGCAAAACGCUCGUGCUGCUGCGGGGCCUGCCGGGCUCCGGGAAGAGCACGCUGGCCAGACAGCUGAAAUGUGACUAUCCCAGUGCUGUAGUUCUUAGUACUGAUGACUUCUUUUCUAGAAAUGGUGUAUAUGUGUUUGACCCUGACUUCCUAGAGGAUGCACACAAAUGGAACCAAAAGAGAGCACGCAAAGCAAUGAAAAAUGGGAAAAGCCCGGUUAUUAUUGAUAAUACCAACAUCCAUGCUUGGGAAAUGAAGCCAUAUGUGAUGAUGGCACGUGAAUAUAGCUAUGAAGUUAUAUUCCGAGAACCAGCUACGCCCUGGAAGUUCAAUGUUCGAGAACUGACGAGAAAAAAUAUCCACGAUGUCCCUCAACAAAAGAUACAACAGAUGAAAGAACAAUAUGAGCAUUAUGUUACCUUCCAUAGUGUUCUUCACUCUGAAAAACCAAGCAGAGAAGACCGAAGCUCCCCUGGACCAAAUGCAGCCUAUGGCCUGGGUGCCUGUGCCACUCCCCCUGCAGCCUUCCCAAGCAGAAGACCUCGCAUGGCACAUACAAACAACUCGGUGUUUUACUGAAGAGGUGCAUUCCUCUGUGUGCUUUCAUUAUCAGGGUAUAACAGUGUCUAGUUUUACAUAUUUUCCUCCUAAACUAUUUUAUUCUUCUAUUUUUCUACUACUUUUCUAAAUGAGACUUUUAUAUCUGAAGUCAUUAAGUGUCACUCCAAUCUGAGUGAUCCAAGACCACUGUCCCUUGCACAAACUGUACAACCUCGUCUCUUCCUUUGCUGAAAUCCAUUCAUGCUCAUGGCGAAAUGUGUUACUGGCUGAGCCUCACAUUUGUUUUUCCUUCAUUGCUCUUUCACCUACAGAUAACACCAAACAUUCCUAGAUUCUUACAGACUGCGUUGCCAAUUCCUUCCCUGUGCAGUGGUCACCUGCUAUUCUACUACUCUAUGAUUUUAUGCAUCUUCCCACUCCUCGUCUGGAGCAUCGCUUCUAGCUUUAAGAGAGAUACAAGCACUAAGAUACUGUAGCUAGAUUUGAUCUUCUGCAUCUAUACAUCUGCUGCCUGGAGUUAUGCUAUUCUUACCUUAGCUCUAAUGCACCCAAACAGCAUCUCCAGCAUCAAGGAGAAAAACUUCAACACACCAAACUGUGCCUUUAAUUUUGUAGAGUUGGACUGCCAGAGGAAGCAAUCCUGAAGGGAACACAAGCAUUAGGUGAGCACUCAUUAACUUUGAGAAGGAAUGGCAUUACAGAAACAGCUCUAAAUAGCUGUAGCACAAGGCUACCAAGUACCUGACCUUGGAAGUACACACUACAUUCCACUGAGUAACAACUUAAGAAAGGGCAGGGAGGGAGAGUGGAAGGGAAAAGUGUUUCUAAGGGAGAAAUCAAGUCCUUCCACUAUCAAGUGGCUGAAUGAGAGGAAGCAGCCAUCCUGCAGGAGUUUUAUCUGUAUUUUCAAACCCUACUCAUAUGUGCUUAUCAAGAAGCCUCAUGAAAUGAGAUGCUAAAACUCAGCUUUAGUGAUGGUAGUUUUUAAAGUAGAUAUAGAACAUCAGACAGCAGUAAUAGAGCAGGAUGGUAGCAAGCAAGCUGCUUUGCAGUAGGAAAUGAAGGCAGCUCACCCUGAACAUUAGGAGACCUGGGGGUAGCUGUGAUUCAUCUAGCAGUUCAUGGUCAGAGAAGUGUAAGGUGUAAAGGAACACAUUAUGCCUGUGUAAGAACGAGGCUGCCUGUAGGACUCUGUAUCUAUUACUAAUACCUUCGUAUGUCAUUCUGCUAUGAAUCAAACUUUCAUCAUUAUGGCUGCUUUCUAAAACCUUUUUAAGAACUAUAUAGAAAGUUUUAAAGAAGAAGGUACAGAAUUACGCCAGAAUUGCAGAGGAAUAUUUCAGAAUAAAACUGCUGUAACUGGUUACAAUAAACUUGGAGAACUGUUAAUUUUGCCUUGUUACUCCUGGCAGCCAAACAACCACUCUGAUGCUAUUGAGGAUAAGAAAAGUGCUUGAGACUGAAACAAAGGCACUACUGUAAUUUAAGAAUAAGUUAGAAUCAAAGUAAUGGGUUAUAAAACCUUCAGCCACAGCGAUGCUAUUGUAUGCUACAUGUUUGUGCCAUUCAACUCUAAAUUACUUGCUUUGCAGAUGAAAUGCUGUUUCAUGAAUUUUGUAAAGUAACUUUAUUACAAUCAGGCUUUAAUGUACAAAGUAAAAACAUUUAAGUUUGAAAUAUACACAGUACUGUACACGUGCAUCUAGUAGCAUUUGCGGGAUUUGUGCCUUUGCAGCCCCCUGCGGAUUGAUAACAAACCCUCACGUUCCUCUGUGUCCUUCUGGAGAGCAUCAGCUCCUUCAGAGCUGCUUUUCAACAAACUGUUUGCUUCCUUAGCAGAUCUGGAACUAUUUUUGGAUGAAAGAUCACCAGAUAAAUUAGUAGCCCUCGUAUCACCAGAUAAGUUAGAAGCCCUCGUACUGUCUUCAUUUACAUAAUCCAUCUUCUUUUCUUCUGGUACAGUAUUUAUGAGUGCUUGUGUAUUAAUCAUUGCAAGUUCUUCAUCAGCAACCAGGUCGUUAUCAGAAAGCUGGACGGCUUCUCUCAGUUUUCUGCCAGGGGUGACACAACCAGCAUUUGGGUUUGUUUCUUUUGAUAACUUGCUGUGCUGUGAGCCCAAACUUCGCGGAGGCCGAAAGGCCUUUUUCACAGAGGGAGAAAUGAUGGAACAGACGGGUGUCAGUGAUGGAGGGGCAGGUAUGCAGCUAAGGAAGUCCAUUGCUUUUCUCUUUUUGCUGUUUCUGGGAUGGUUCUCAUUACUUAGAGCAGAUGAAGGCGUUAUUGCUGAGCCUUGUGGGAAAAGCUUUGUAUUUGGUGUGCUAGCUGACAAGGGACUCGGAUGCUUCAUUUCAAUUUUGGAAGAGAUCUAGUUAAAAAGAGAGAAAUUUUAUGUUGAAUAAAAAACCCAUUAUCUUCCUCAAUUACUUCCAUACAGCAGGGAAAAAAUGGAUACAAAAAAUGCUGUAUAAUUCAUAUCCAGGUUACCUUUGGUUUGAUAACUUCUGAGAGUGACCAAUGGUUUUUUUCACCAUAUUGAUGGCUGGUGAGUUCAUUUACAUGCACACUAAGACAGCACAUUCACACUAUGUCUGAGAUCAAACCUAAAUGGAGAGGAAUUUUGCUAUGCCAGAUGGUAAGAAUUCAAAGUGGUCACUAUAAAAUUGAGUUAACUGAGUCUUCUGCACUGGAAAUAUCCUCUACGGGUUAUUAAAUAGGGAAGAAUGAAGAAAAAGAAGGAAAAGGGAUAGAACACAGACCAAAACCCAUGAAGAUAAUAGCACACAAACACACAGGAUAGCUACUACACAGCAAAUCAUUUAAACACGUGCAUAACUUAAAAACACCUUCAAUGCUCAUUUGUUUCAAUUUGGUCAAUGUAUUUAACAAACUGAUGUGUACCACUAAAGCUUCAGCAUCAAAUAUUAGCACUUUCUGCACUGGAAAGGGAUGCCUUACAGACUUAUUUAGUCCUCAUUUAUUGACCUUUUAUCACUGUGUUUCCACCUCCCUCACAACCAGUGGGAGGAAAUAUUUUUAUUCUGACUGCACUCAGUACUGCACAUGAGGAACAACCUGUCUCCAGCAGCCUUAAAAGAAACUUAGAGUAGUGUUUUACUCAGCUUUUGGUAGUGCUGCUGUAAAAUGCAAAUAUUUGCAAGGUGAUACAUAUUCCCUCUCAAAUCUAUGAAAUAUCUACAUCUAUAGAGAUAUCUAGAAGAAAAGACACGGAAGUUCUCUGAACAAGGGCACACAUGGAAGAAAGAUGUACAGAUGAAGAAUUUUCCUCCCAGUGAUGUCAGACUCACAGAAUCACUGAGGUUGGUAAAGUCCUCUAAGAUCAUUCCAUUCCAAUCGUCCACCUACCCCCAAUAUUUCCCAUAAACCACGUCCAUCAGUACAACAUCUAAAUGUUUCUUGAACACCUCCAGGGUCGGUGACUCCACCACCUCCCUGGGCAGCCUGUUCCAGUGUCUGACCACUCACUUGGAGAUUUGUCAGAUAAUCUUCACAAUAGGACUGAGGAAGUAAUAAACCAUCCACAGAGAAAGGAGGAUUCAUUUUCCUCAUGUAAAAUUCAGAGUGUUUAAAGUAUGCUGUUGAAACACAGUCCAUGAAGGGUAUUUUCCAUAUAUUGCCUAUAGGAAGACUAGUCUAGGGAUUUCUUUCUGAGUAACAAUCCUAACCCACACAAGGGUUUCAUUGCAUCUGAUCAGCUUGCAUUGCUCUGAAGAGACCCUGUGGGGCAGACUGAGACCAUCAGUAAAAAAAAAAAAAACUGCUUAUAUCCUUACAGUACAUCAUAGUAGUAUAAAAUUAAGACUAAUUACGAGUAGCUUACCGAACUUUCAUCCUCUGCAUAAAGGCCUGAGUUGCAGGAAGGAGAAAAGCAUUCCAAACCACAUUUUUUUAGGUAAAAAUGGGUGUAAGUGAGCAAUUUCUUUGAAGCAAAUUCAUCAAUUUCCUUUCUGCAUCAGAGCAAAAGGAGUCCACAUUCUAUAAAGCAGAACACAUUACAGUGCAUGACAGCUGUUUCUAAAAUUAUCUAAGUAUUCCAUGCUCACAGCCUAACUAUUUAGUAUUUGUUUUCUUGCUACACGUCCACCAGAAGUUUAUUGUACAUCCAGUCAACAACUCAGAAGUCUGCUGCACUUUCCCUGGAAGAAAAUACACCUUCCUUUUACUGUUUACAAAAAAAAUACAUAUGUAAAAUUUUUUGUGCAAUAAAGUGAGAAUGCAUGACCAAGAUGUUCUAUUUGGCACAGCUAAAUUUGAAAUUAAGAAUAAAUAAAUAAAAUCAA